UAAACAGACGAAGUCACGCCCAUCACGCAAUCAGGAAUAUUCUCUCUUCAAAACGAAUAUCAAACAACACGUGAGAAAACUCAGACAGAAGGGACGGUGAGGUCAAGCGUGAGGGGUUUGUUGAUGCCACCCACCUUCCGGUGGUUUGAAGGGCUUUAUGCUUUAGGGUCAAUAUAUAUAUCACAUCCGCUUGAAAUAUACUUUGUGAAUAUAGCGCAACUGCAUCCCAGCUCAAGGGUCUGCAGCGAAAACAAGAAAGAUGUUGUCUGCACAUUUGCUCCUGGAAGAGCCCAUUAGGAUGGUCUCCAUUUUGGAGCCAUCUAAAUCGACUUUUUUUCCCGCAUUGACCAAAAUAGUUGGCACACUUGGGCCAAAAUCACAGUCCAUUGAAGUGAUCGAGGCAUGCCUCAAGGCUGGAAUGUCUGUUGCCCGUUUUGACUUCUCCUGGGGAAACAACGAAUAUCAUCAAGAAACACUUGAAAAUCUUAAAAAAGCUGUGAAGAAUGUGAAGAAGCUUUGUGCUGUGAUGCUGGAUACAGUGGGUCCAGAGUUGCAAGUUGUCAAUAAAAACGAGAUAGCGAUUGAGCUGGAGGCUGAUGCUUUUGUGACUUUGACUCCAGAUUUAAACAAAGAAGCUUCUUCUCAAGUUCUACCAAUAAAUUUUGGAGGACUUGCCCAAGCAGUGAAGCAAGGGGAUACAAUAUUUCUUGGCCAUUACCUUUUCACUGGAAGUGAGACUACAUCUGUGUGGCUUGAGGUUUCAGAAAUACAAGGUAAAGAUGUGGUCUGUCUUGUGAAAAACAGUGCUACACUUACUGGUUCUUUGUUCACAAUGCAUGUUUCCCAAGUCCGUAUUGAUCUACCUACACUAAGUGAUGCGGACAAGCAUGCCAUCUCAACUUGGGGAGCACAGAACAGCAUUGACUUUCUUUCUUUGUCAUAUACUCGCCAUGCAGAAGAUGUUAGACAAGCUCGUGCUUACCUUUCUAAGAUUGGGGAUCUGCACCAGACCCAUAUAUAUGCCAAGAUUGAAAAUAUAGAGGGUUUACAGCACUUUGAUGAGAUUUUGCAAGAAGCAGAUGGUAUCAUCCUUUCUCGUGGAAACUUGGGGAUUGAUCUUCCACCAGAGAAGGUCUUUUUGUUUCAGAAAGCUGCUGUUUACAAGUGUAACAUGGCUGGAAAGCCUUCAAUCAUCACUCGCGUGGUUGACAGUAUGACUGAUAAUCUAAGACCAACCCGUGCUGAAGCAACUGAUGUGGCUAAUGCUGUCCUUGAUGGCACAGAUGGAAUUUUGUUAGGAGCAGAAACUCUUCGGGGACUAUACCCUGUUGAGACCAUAACAACAGUGGGUAGAAUUUGUGCAGAAGCCGAGAAAGUUUACAACCAAGCAGUUUAUUUUAAGAAAACUGUCAAAUAUAUUCGUGAACCAAUGACUCAUUUGGAAUCUAUUGCAUCAUCAGCGGUACGUGCAGCGAUCAAAGUGAAGGCAUCUGUUAUUGUAGUUUUCACAUCAUCAGGACGAGCUGCAAGGCUGAUUGCAAAAUAUAGGCCAUCCAUGCCUGUUUUGGCUGUUGUCAUUCCACGGCUUACGACUAAUUUGCUAAGGUGGUCUUUCACUGGGGCAUUUCAGGCAAGACAGUGUCUUUCUGUGAGAGGAAUUUUUCCGAUGUUGGCAGAUCCUCGACAUGCGGCGGAGUCUACUAGUGCUACAAAUGAGUCCAUAUUGAAAAUAGCACUGGAUCAUGGAAAAGCUGCAGGAAUAAUCAAGCCUCAUGAUCGUAUAGUUGUUUUCCAAAAAGUAGGUGAUUCAUCGGUUGUAAAGAUAAUUGAGCUUGAAGGGUAAUUUUCAAAAAGUAUGUGACACGUCAGUUGUAAAGAUAGUCGAGAUCAAAGAGUAAUUUGGACAAAGACAAUAAUGUGAAAUUUUUUCACGUCUGCCACGGGAAAAUGGGUAAUAGUUUGCAUUCAAUUUUUCAGAAUACUUUGGUCUUACAUUUUUGUGGGCAGUCAUAACAUUAAUUUUUUUACUGAAUUUUAUUAAUUGAUACAAUGAAUCCAGCAACAAACCUGGAUUCAGUGUUUUUAUAAUCCCAA